CAAGAUCAUCAUCACUUGCUGAAGAAUUCAAUUAAAAUGAAGCUUUUCUUCAUCCUUCUCCUCUGCAUUCCACUCAUCACUGCUGAUCUUCAAAUUGGCUUCUACAACUCCUCAUGCCCUCAAGCUGAGUCCAUUGUCCUCUCCGUUGUCAAGAAACACUUCGCCGGUGACCGCUCCAUUACCGCCGCCUUUCUUCGCAUGCAUUUCCAUGAUUGUUUUGUCAAGGGUUGUGAUGCUUCCAUACUCAUAGACUCGACGAAGAAGAAGAAGUCCGAGAAGGCGGCAGGGCCAAACCUCACUGUCCGGGGGUUCAACAUCAUCGAUGAAGUCAAGACUAGUCUUGAGGCUUCAUGUCCAUCAACAGUAUCAUGUGCUGAUAUAAUAACUCUAGCGACCAGAGAUGCGGUGGCUCUCGCCGGAGGACUCAACUACAGCGUGCAGACAGGGAGACGUGACGGUCUCAUAUCGAAUGCAGCAGAUGUCAACCUCCCCGGCCCUUCACUCUCCGUCAACCAAGCAUUCCAGUUCUUUGCAGCCAAAGGCUUAACUCUUGAUGACAUGGUUGUUCUCUUAGGAGGGCACACUGUAGGUGUAGCACAUUGUAGCUUCUUCAGGGAUAGACUUGAUAACUUUCAAGGAAGUGGAGUUCCAGACUCCACCAUGGAUCCUUCUCUCAGAGCUCAGCUGGUUAAAACAUGUGGAUCAAGGCCAAACAAUGAUCCUACUGCCUUCUUGGAUCAGAAUACAUCUUUUUUGGUGGAUAAUCAGUAUUAUAAACAGAUUCUUGGAAACAAAGGUGUGCUGCAAAUUGAUCAGGAACUGGCUUUGGAUAGUUCCAGUUCUGGUAUUGUUGCUGCUCUUGCUUCUGAUGGGAAUGGAUUUAUGAAGAAGUUUGCUGAUGCAUUGGUUAAACUUGGGAGAAUUGAGGUUCUGGUUGGUGGUGCAGGAGAGAUUAGGAAGAAUUGCAGAGCUUUCAAUGCACCAUCUUUAACAUCAUCAAGGAAGCAACUUGGAUGAUUUCAUUGUUACUGUUAUUAUAUUUAUAUUUAUUCAUUAAUUUGUCAUUUUGUUGGU